GCGUAAGGAGGAGGAGGAGGGCGUGUCUUCCUCCCUCCGGUGGACCUCAGUGAACUUAGUAGUAAAGCAGCUGUGAAGGUACUCAGUUUCUGUGUUAUUGAACCAGCAGCUCAGAGAGACACAUGGCUCGGAUAUCGCCCAGCCGGGUUUUAAAGCGCUGAAGCCGCCGCCCCUCCAGCUCCAACAGGACCAGCUUCACCCGGAAACUUUAACUGGAGUGUAAUCAUGACGUCCGAGAAGCUUGCAAACCUGACUUUGCACCCCCAGUUAAUCCAGGGUGGUUGUGAGGAAGUGCACAGAAACCCCACCGAAGUGCAGAUGAGUCAGAUCGUGCUGCCCUGCCAUGCCAAUCACUGCGGGGAGCUGAGUGUUGGGCAGCUGCUGAAGUGGAUGGACUCCACAGCCUGUUUAUCCGCUGAGAGGCAUUCUGGCUGUUCAUGUGUCACUGCGUCAGUAGAUGACAUCCACUUUGAACACACUAUAGGGGUUGGAAAUGUUGUCAACAUCGUAGCAAAGGUCAACAGAGCCUUCACAUCGAGCAUGGAGGUGGGCAUUCUGGUCACCUGUGAGGACCUGUACGCGGACAAGCAGUGGAAGGUUUGCCACGCGUUCGCCACCUUUGUCUCCAGACGAACAGARGCCGGGAAGGUGCAGCUCAAGCAGGUGAUCCCUCGAACGCAGAUGGAGCAGAUGGAGUACAGCCUGGCAGCGGAGCGGCGAAGGAUGAGGCUCAUCCACGCCGAGAUUAUCACRGACCUGCUGAACAGCAGCACGGCUCAGCUGGGAGAAUGUCAGGAGUACGAGGAUGCGGUGCCGGCUGAGCGGACUCGAGUGGAGAGCGUGGAGCUGGUGCUGCCGCCGCACGCUAACCAUCAGGUCAACACUUUCGGGGGCCAGAUCAUGGCUUGGAUGGAGAAUGUAGCUACGAUCGCAGCAAGUCGAUUGUGUAACGCUCACCCGACCCUGAGGACCAUAGACAUGUUCCAUUUCCGUGGCCCAUCCCACGUUGGUGACCAACUGGUUCUGAAAGCAAUUGUUAAUAAUGCCUUCAAAGACAGCAUGGAGGUGGGAGUUUGUGCUGAGGCCUAUCAGGGUGGGGAACCUCUGCGCCACAUAAAUAGUGCCUUUAUGACCUUUGAGGUGAUGGGCAGCGACAGGAAGCCUCGCACGUUGCCACGAAUACGACCCGAGCCUGUUGAUGGAAGGAGACGUUAUCAAGAAGCUAUUGCCAGGAGGAAAAUUCGUCUUGACAGAAAAUAUAUCUUCUCCUGCAAGCAGACUGAAGUGCCCCUGUCUGUGCCCUGGGAUCCAAGUAACCAGAUGUACCUGAGCUACAACAAUGUUUCAGCUCUGAAACUAAUGGAUACCUGGAGCAACUGGGUCUUAACUUCAGAAAAAAAUAAGGUCAGGCUGUACAUACUGGAGGAAAACCACAUGUUGUGCAUCAAGGUGGAGAUGCGCAUCAGCGUCCCAGCAGAGCAGGCGUUCCAGCUCCUGUCAGACCUGAGGAGGAGAAAAGAGUGGGACCGGCAUUAUGAGGAGUGUGAGGUGAUCAAGCAGGCAGAUGAGGACGACAUGCUUUAUCAUGUCAUUACUCCCUCUGUCAGUAAAGGGGACAAAGGGAAAGAUUUUAUCUUGUUGGCAUCUAGAAGGAAACCAUGUGACUCCAGAGACCCGUACCUGAUUGCUCUGCGCUCCGUCACUUUGCCCACUCACCCCCCCACAGAGGACUACACCAGGGGAGAGGUGCUCUGUGCGGGCUUCACACUCUUGGAGGAGUCCAGCACCGUCACCAAGAUCACCUACUACAACCAGGCCUCGCCUGUUGUCCUCGCCUACAUCUCCACAGAUGUUGCCGGCCUCUCCUCCCGCUACUACAGCACGUUUUCUGCUUGCAGCCAGUUCCUGGAGGCCAACAAGGACAGCCUCGGCGCUCUGCCACACUCUUCGUUUUGACACAAACGAUGGUCUCCCUGCAAAAAGAAAAGUCAUCAUGAAACGAGUCGCAUCCUCCCAGUCUCACUGCUGCUGUGGAGGAGAUUAUGUCACACCUCAGUGCCCCUCUGAGAUUAUCAAGAGUUUAUUUUUUUUUGUUUUUAUUAUGUGAAAAGUUAUGAAGCAAAAGUGAACAAAUUAUUAUUUUUUGCCUGUUUAUAAAAGCCAGUAAAGUACAAAAGCCUUUCUACACAUUUCUGAUUUACAGAGAGAUUAUUAUUUUAACAUGUAACAUGAUUUGUUUGAAAAUGGACAGCCUGGAUUUUGUCAGCAGUGUAACAGAGAUUUUAAAGCUGCUCUAAGAUGAGGUGUAACAUUUUUUGCCAUAGUUUAUUUUGGACCACCGCCUCAAUCAGUUUAAAUGUAUUUUAAAUGAAAUCAUAGACAGUUUACAUGUAAAUGCAGUGUAUAAAAUACAAUAUUUUAAUGAUAGAGUUUUGCAGACAUGCAUUCAAACAGAUUUUAUAGAAUUUUGACUCAAGCUCUGAGAGACUGUAAUGRUUUCAUUCAAAGAAUAAACAUUUUUUGUGCA